AUGGGGCUUUUGAAAGUUUGGGUCACCAUUCUCAUGACCCCUUGUGCAAAUUUCUUGGGGAGGAAAUGGAAUCUUCUAGACCUUGUGACAGCUGGUAUGUUCUUGAGUGUGCAUGGCCUGGCUUUGUUUGCACCGUUUUACUUCACUUGGACUGCGUUUUGGGUGGCCUUUUGGCUGGCCUUUGUGACCGGUUUUGGAAUCACUCUUUCUUACCAUAGAAAUCUUGCUCAUAGAAGUUUUAGGGUUCCAAAAUUGCUUGAGUACUUGUUUGCCUACUGUGGGGUUCACGCACUUGAGGGCAGUCCAAUUGAAUGGGUGAGCACACACCGAUACCACCACCAGUUUACUGAUACAGAAAAAGAUGCUCACAGCCCUCUUAAGGGUUUCUGGUAUAGUCAUAUGGGCUGGAUCCUUGAUAGCAGUUCUCGGUUUGGAAGAUAUGGAGGACUAAAGAAUGUUGAAGACAUGAAAAAGCAGCCAUUUUAUGUGUUUCUUCAUCAUACUUUCAUGCUACACUCAUUUAUUCUUGCGGGCAUAUUAUAUGCCGUGGGUGGACUUCCCUUCUUGGUUUGGGGAGUGGGAGUGAGAAUGGUGGUUGUUUUCCACAUUACUUUGCUUGUAAAUUCUGCUGGCCACACCUGGGGAUAUCAAGCAUGGAAGACCGGGGAUCUGUCUAAGAACCUUUGGUGGUUGGGAUUUUUUGCACUUGGAGAAGGCUGGCACAAUAAUCACCAUGCCUUCGAAUACUCAGCUCGACAAGGCCUGGAAUGGUGGCAAAUUGACUUGACUUGGUACAUCAUAAAAUUUCUUGAAGCUCUAGGACUGGCAACAGAUGUGAAAGUACCAUCCGAGGCUCACAGGCAGCGGAUGGCUUUAAAGACAGAGUAA